AUGGAAAUAGUUUCCUCUCAGAAGCAAACAGUCUUCCAGCUACGACUCAUAUAUGGUAAACUCCACACUUGUUUACUAGUGGAAAUAAUUGUUAAUAAAUCAGGAUUGCUUGUCUUGACAGACUUGAAUGCAGAGGCCCAACCCUGUAAAACGUUCAAUCCCUUUGAGCAUAAUGGUGAAAGAAUACUAGCAAGAAGAAAAGGAUCUCAGAGAAAAAGAAAGAAGCAAAAAAGCGUAGAUGUCCAUUCUGAGAAAACAAGGGAGCACUUCACAGAUGUCCAUUUUGAAAAACCAAGGGUGUACUUCCCAGAAACGUGGCUCUGGGACAUCAGUAUUUUACCCCCCUCUGGUGUACUGAAUGAGCAGCACACCCUCCCUGAUACUAUAACUGAGUGGGUUGGUAAAGCUGUGUGUGUAAAUCCAGAAAAGGGUCUCGGCAUAUCACCCAGGGCAACAAUAACCACUUUCACACCUUUCUUUUUGGAUUUGACCCUUCCUCCAACAAUCAAGAGAGGGGAAAUUCUACCAGUGAAGAUCUCAGUCUUUAAUUAUCUUGAACAAGCAUUGCCGGUCAAAGUUGUAUUGGAAAUAAGCCUUGAUUAUGAAAUUAUUGAGGAAUCUGAAAGCCAGUUGCCACUUGGUCACAAAAUAGCCUGCAUCCCACCACAAGACAAGGUUGUUCACAUAGUGAAAAUUCGCUCUCGGGUCUUGGGAGCUGUAAACAUCACUGUGGAUGCCUUUGUGGAUGAGCUGUAUCCUGAAGUAUGUGGACCAGAAUAUGUGAUCAGUAAAAGGGAUAUUCUAAUCAAACCAAUCAAAGUGGAGGCUGAAGGGUUCCCAAGAGAAAAAACAUGGACCAAAUACAUUUGUUCCAAUGAUAUUAAUGAAAAUGCAGACUUUUUAGAGAUUUGGAAGGUAGAACCACCACCACUCAUUGUAGAAGACUCAGCCAGGGGCUGGGUGACUGCAGUUGGUGAUCUUCUGGGACCUACACUUGAGAAUCUUGGUUCCCUUGUAAAAAUGCCAUAUGGGUGUGGGGAACAGAAUAUGUUGAAUUUUGCACCAAAUAUUUUCAUCCUUCAAUAUCUGGAUGCUUCAAAUCAAACAACACCAGCAAUUGCAAAGAAAGCUAUUGACUACAUGCAAAAAGGUUAUCAACGGGAGUUGCGCUAUCGCCACGAUGAUGGAUCCUUCAGUGCCUUUGGAAACUCUGAUGCAUCAGGCUCAACAUGGCUCACUGCCUUUGUCCUCAAGUCCUUUGCACAAGCACGCCAAUAUGUUCAGAUUGAUACAGAUAACUUGUACAUGAGCCUUGGUUGGCUGAAAUUGCAUCAGAUGAAGAAUGGAUGUUUCCAAUCUGUGGGGAAAGUCUUCCACAAAGGCAUGAAGGGUGGUAUUGAUGGAAGUGGUUCUCCAGUACCAUUAACAGCCUAUGUGUUGAUUUCCCUCCUUGAAGCGGGUGAAGUGACAAGCAGUCGUGCAGUCAUGAAAGCAGCCUUCUGUUUAGAUGCUGAUACAUCCAAGGAUCCCUACACUUUAGCUUUGAAAGCCUAUUCGCUUUCUCUCUCUGAUUCCCCAAAGGCAGAACAAGCAGUGCAGAACCUUAUUAAUGUAGCAGAAGAGACCACCGAUUCAAUGCAUUGGGAGCUUCCAGCUGGUUCAGGAAAGAGUCAAGCUGUUGCUGUAGAGACAGCUGGUUAUGCAGUUCUUUCAAUGAUGACCUUAGAUGCAACCAAAUUUGAGCUUCAAGCCAGAAAAAUAGUGAAAUGGAUAUCUUCACAGAGAAAUGGCCAAGGAGGAUUCAUAUCAACUCAGUAUGCUGUAUCGCAACUGCUGCAGGGUAUACGAUAUAUAGCACUGUUAGGAUUGUUUUCGGGCUGCUUCUUGUUUCGAAUUAUGUCGUGUAUCUUAUUCAUGGAUGUGCUGGCAAUUCUCACUGCAUUGCCAAAGUAUCUGCUGAUCGCCUGA